UGGUUAAAUUCAGAGUCAGACGGAGUGUGAGAGUGUGUGUGUAUGAGAGCGUGUUACCUGUGUGAGUGUGUGUCUCUCAGUCAGGUGAGAUAGUAGAUCGUCUUCAGCUGAUUCUCGGACCUUCUUUAAUUCACUGAUUGAGAUGUUUGAGAUGUUUGGAGAAGUUUAAUUGAAGGUUGCAGUAGAUGCCAGUUUUAGAGGGUAGAGCUCAGGUAGGCAUGGAGAGUGGUGCCCAGUCAGCAGCUUUGGGUCUCCAUGCUGGGGGGCAGUGUGCCAGUCCAGCCCCGGCCAAACGACAAGCUGUGAAGAGACACCAUCACAAACACAACCUGAAGCACAGGUACGAGUUCCUGGAGACUCUGGGGAAGGGCACCUAUGGGAAGGUGAAGAAGGCUGUGGAGAGAUCUGGGAGAAUGGUGGCCAUCAAAUCCAUCAAGAAGGAGAACAUUAAAGAUGAGCAGGAUCUCACACACAUCAGGAGAGAGAUAGAGAUCAUGUCCUCUCUGAACCAUCCCUACAUCGUCUCCAUAUACGAAGUGUUUGAGAAUAAGGAUAAGAUCGUGAUUGUGAUGGAGUACGCCAGCAGAGGAGAUCUGUUCGACUACAUCAGCGAGAGGCAGAUCUCCGAGAAAGAAGCCAGACAUUUCUUCAGACAGAUCGUCUCAGCUGUUCACUACUGCCACCGGAAUGGGAUCGUCCACCGGGACCUGAAGCUGGAGAACAUCCUGCUGGAUGAAAACGGAGACAUAAAGAUUGCUGAUUUUGGGUUGUCGAACCUGUACGGGCGUGAGGAGCACCUGCAGACAUACUGCGGCAGCCCGCUUUACGCCUCUCCUGAAAUCGUAAACGGCCGACCUUACAAAGGUCCUGAGGUGGACAGCUGGUCUCUGGGCGUCCUGCUCUACACUCUGGUCCACAGAGCCAUGCCUUUCGACGGACACAACUACAAGACUCUGGUCCAUCAGAUCAGCACCGGAGACUACCGCAAACCCACCAAACCCUCAGAUGCGAUUGGCUUGAUCCGCUGGAUGCUGAUGGUGAAUCCUGAUCGCAGGGCGACUCUGGACGAAAUCGCUGGACACUGGUGGCUCAACUGGGGCUACCAGCGCCCGCUGCUGGCUGAGAGUGAAGCUACAGCUACGUCAACAGCACCAGCACCAGCCGGAGCGCUGCAGGCAUCAGGAAUGGGAACAGGAACGGGAGCAGCACCCCAUUCAGCAGGCUCUACACGCAUCGCCGACUGGCUGAGGAGGACCACUCGACCUCUGCUGCAUAGCAAUUCUAAGAUGCGCUGCCUGCUGCGGCCAGGAGGAAGCAGCACCGGGGGAGAAGUGACGGUGACGAGACAACGCUCGAUCCGCAGGUCACGCAAAGAAAAUAACGUCUCCCAGAGCAUGCAGGAGAACAGCGCCCCUCGGCCGUUCAAAGGCAUCCUGAAAAAACGCGGCAGCCUAAAGCAGAAGGCGGUCAACGAAGCACAAGUUCCUCCCCUUGAAGAUAAAACGACAAAUGCUAAUAUGGCCCCUCCCACUGCUCUGCCUCCAGCCCCGCCCCCUCGUAAAGGCAUUCUGAAGAAACCGACAGAGAGAGAGUCGGGGUAUUAUUCCUCGUCUCCAGACAGCAGCGACUCUGCCCAAACUCCUCAAAGUCCACUUUGCCCGUCGACGCCACCUCGGCGAAAAGGCAUUCUGAAACGCCACGGCAAGUUCUCCUCUGGUGGCCUACAAGAAUUUGGAUCCUUGGACCAGCUUGCGGCCUCCCUGCCACCGGGGAUCAGCAGAUCAAGGCCUAAAGGUGCCAUCAGCGAGGACAGCAUCCUAUCGUCUGAAUCGUUCGAUCGGUUAGACCUUCCAGACCGUCACGAUCCAGUUGCGACAGUGGAGCCUCCAACAGGAGGCAGCAGAAUCAUGCGUGGCAGCGUUUCGGCUGACAACCUCUUGGACAUGAGCGAGAACAGGCUGUCUGGUCCACGUCAGGGUUACUGGGAUAUGGACAUAGCCUGCUAUCAGGCGAGGGUCGGAGAUAGCACCUUCUCCUUCACGGACUGCACAUAAAAGGAAAUGUGACCGAACAGUCUACUAGCAUUAACUUUUAGCAUGUAAAGAGCAUGCACGAGCUAAGAGAUGCACAUCGGGACUGGGAUCGUUUGUUUUUCAGGUUGUGUGCUCUUAUUUUUGCAUGGGAACAGUGUCAUGAAUGAAAGAAGCAGUAGUCUAGCCAAUAAGGCUUUUUUUAUUUAUAUUACACAAUGUCUACUUGAAGAAAGGUGGUAGCCUAAAAAAAAGUGGUGAAGCCAAAAAAAGCUAGUUAGCAAAGGGAAUAGCAUUGGUGGUUAGUCUGGUAAACACUAGAAUAUUAAGAGUUAGGGCCCUAGCAGCGAUUGAUCUGCUCUGGUCUUUUCAUAAUAAGCAUUUCAUGAUGUUUUCUCAUAGAUCUCGAAGAUUUAAACACUUGAUGAACUUGAUGACCAUUGAGACUGCAGUAUCUCUAAACGUGAAAGUUGCACCUUUUUUUUUUUUUCUUCGAUAUUUUGAUUAGCAAAGCAGAACCAAAGAUGCUCUACUUGAACGUUUAGCAAUAGAAACCAGACUGCUGAGGGAAGAGGAUACAAAGUCCAGUUCCAGGGAAAGCAGCGAAUGGCGGAUUACAAACACAGAACUCAAAGGUCCACAGAUCAAACGGUUCAUCGGUGAUAAGGUGUUGACAGUUUCUGUAUUAGAUGAAAAGUCCAGUAACCUGGUCAACGUUUAACUUUUACUACUUUUAUGUUUGUGGCCUAGAUCUCAGAUGACAUGCCAGACAGAGUUUUAUGCGGUUUUAUUGCUUUAUUUUAUGAAAUUUGUCUUGGUUACCCAAUAAGGCUGGAUGAAUAGAUGAAUGGAUGGAUAUAAACAGUCUGCAUGGAUGGGAAUAUGAAGCAAACAUUGUUUCUGUUGCUAAAAAGAAAAAAUGAAUUGAUAUUUUGGUCACUUUGUUCAAUUUGGAUCAGUUUGUUCAGAAAGGAUUUAAAUUGUACAAAAAAUAACUUCAAACUGAUUUGUGGCAGGGUGUGUAAAUGUGGUAUGCAUGUUCUGUAAUGAGGGAAUUUUACAUAGAAAAUCUUUUAAAAGCUGCACUGUAUAAUUCAUUACACUGGAAAAAUGUUCUGAUGGAGCAUUUUUAAUGUUGUUAAUGCUAUUAUUUCAUCAUAUGCUUGGCUUGGCGCAAAAUCAGGUCUUGGCUAAAGUCCAUCCAAAAAUGUGAUCAGUAUUUUUUUUUUAAUAUAUAUAUAAUUUAUACAUGGAAAUUUAACAUGCUACGCAGUUCUGCUCAACCUCAUACCAUGUUUCUUUGCCAAAGUGCCUGACUGAUCUGUAGCGCCUCACUGUGGCCAUCUCCACUGAAUGCUGAAAUCGGCUCAGUGGAUCAAUAAAAAAAAAACAACCUGUCAAACAA